AUGGAUGGGGAUACUCGUACAAAAGAGGGUGACUGGGUUACAGUUAGUAGAAAAGGCAAGGAAAAAGUGGGUAAAGGCCCCAAUUUGGUGAAAAAAAAAACCAAUGUAGCAAUAUGCUCCAAUUUGGUGAGUAAGAAAUUUUCUUUUGGGUCUAAUAACAUGCAUGCUGGAUCCUCAUCAAAUGCAAAGGUGAAUUCUUUAUCAAAUGCAAAGGUGGAGCAUAAGGAAAAGAAGGAUCCUCCAUCAACGCUUGGCUCUUUGGGAACAACUCAGGACCCGUGGGUGGUGGUUGGAGAUUUUAAUGAUAUUUUGAGUGUUCAUGAGGUGAAGGGGGGUAAUUUCUAUUCGAAUCGCAGUAGUGUCUUUGAAAGUACUCUAGAUUCUUGUGGUCUUUUUGAUCUGACAACCUCUGAAAGACGGUUUACUUGGUUCCAUAAAAUUCAAGGAAACAAAGAAAUUGCAAAGAGAUUGGAUAGAGCUUGCUGUACUACAGAAUGGCGCCUUCUUUUUCCAGAAGCUUUUGUUGAAGUUCUCAGCUGUUCCCACUCUGAUCGUUGUCCCCUACUUAUCCGAUGUCAAGGAGUUCCUAUCAAGAAAGGAAACCGGCCUUUUAGAUUCCAAGCAGCAUGGGCAACGCAUCUUGAUUACAAGGCCAUUGUUCAGAAAUCUUGGGAUAGUAUAAACUUUGGCAUCCAUAGGAAGUUGUUGAGGGUUCAAGAAGUUUCGUUGGAAUUCAACUCUACGGUCUUCGGCAAUAUUUUUAUUAAAAAGAAGGAAUUGGAGGCUUAUUUGAAUUGUAUUCAACGGAAAAUGGAAGCUGACGUUGAUCCGAUUUUGAAGCACAAAGAGGAAGAAUUGAGAGCUGAGUAUAAUCUAAUUUUGGCCCAGGAAGAAUUGCUUUGGUACCAGAAGUCAAGAGAUCAAUGGGUUCGGUAUGGUGAUAGAAAUACUAGCUUUUUCCAUAUACAAACUAUCCUUAGAAGAAAAUCUAACAAGGUUCAUGGGUUGCUGGUAAGUGAUGGGUCCUGGUCUGAUGAUCCAGAAAUUUUGCAAAGAGAGGUUGUUCAUUUCUUUAAAAAUAUUUUUUGCUCUACUGAGCCUAUUGAGGUUAAUUGCAUGGGAGAAAUUCCUAUGCCAUCUCUUAGCCAGGAUGCUUGUGAUAAUUUGACUAAACCAGUAACAAUGUUGGAGGUUAAAGAAGCUCUGGAUAAUAUGAGCUCGUUCAAAGCUCCUGAGCCAGAUGGUUUUCAAGUUUUUUUCUUCAAGGAAUAUUGGGAUGUGGUGGGUCAUGAGGUGUGGCGUACUGUUCAGAAAGCAUUCUUAGGGGAGACGUUAAGCCAUUCUUUGUUGGAAAUUUUGAUUGUUCUUACCCCUAAGUGCGACCCUCCAACUAGAUUGAAGGAUUUUCGGCCAAUAAGCCUUUGUAAUGUAAUUUAUAAGCUAGUGACUAAAGUGCUGGUUAAUAGAUUACGACCAUUUUUGGAUGAAAUUGUUAGCCCAACUCAGGGAGGGUUUAUACAUGGUAGAGGAGCGCCUGAUAAUAUUAUUGUGGCCCAAGAAGUUCUUCACUUUCUUAAGCGGACAAAGUCUAGAAAAGAAGCAAUGGCUUUUAAGAUUGAUUUAGAAAAGGCUUAUGAUAGAGUUGGUUGGAAUUUUCUUCAGCACACUCUUGAAUCUUUUGGCUUUCCUUCUCUAAUUAUUCGGCUUGUAAUGAAUUGUGUUCAGGCUUCAAAUCUUUCUAUCCUUUGGAAUGGGAAUAGAUUGGACAGCUUCCAACCUCGCAGAGGGCUCAGGCAAGGAGAUCCAAUUUCUCCUUAUUUAUUUGUUUUGUGCAUGGAGAGAUUGGCGUGCUUCAUUUCCAAACAAGUUGAUGAGGGUAUUUGGGAUGGUGUGGCUGUUUCUAGAGGGGGACCUAGAGUUUCUCACUUGAUGUUUGCAGAUGACCUCCUCCUUUUUUGUAAAGCGAAGAAAAAUCAAGUUCAGAAUGUUGUGCACACUUUGGAGUUGUUCUGCAAAGCUUCAGGUAUGAAGGUUAACAUUGAAAAAUCUAAAGCUAUUUGUUCUAGAAAUAUCUCUAAUAGAAGGAAGAAAAUGUUGUCUGGUGUUUCUCAUAUUCCUUUUACUAGUGACCUAGGCAAAUACUUGGGGGUGAAUCUUAAUCAUCCUCGAGCUGCUAGGUCUAUUUUUUUGGACUCUUUAGAGAAGAUCAAGAAUAGGCUGGCUAGUUGGAAAGGUCGGCUCCUUAACAGAGCAGGCAGGCUUUGCUUAAUUAAAUCUGUUGCUUCUUCUCUUCCUAUUUAUCAGAUGCAAGUGACUCUUUUUCCUACUUCGGUUUGUCAAAAGAUUGAUUCUGUGCUUAGACAAUUCUUGUGGAAGGGAAAGGUGGGGGAGCGUUGCUUAAAUUAUGUCAAGUGGAGCAAAGUUGUCACUCCAAGAAAAUAUGGAGGCUUGGGAAUUAGAGAUACCCAAUGUGUAAAUUUUGCUUUAUUAGGAAAGCUUGUUUGGCAAUUACUGCAUAAUAAAGAUAAGCUUUGGGUAAGAAUUAUGUUGGCAAAAUAUUUAUCUGGGAGGUCUUGCUUUUCACCCAAUUUUUCUAAUAAUGUUUCAAGCACUUGGCGAGCGAUUUAUAAGACAAUAGAAAAGCUUCGUGAUGGUUUUGAUUGGUGUACAGGCAGUAUGUCUCAAUCCUUUUUGUAUCAUGCUUGGCGACCAAGUGGAACGCUAGCUCCUUUGGUUCCUUUUGUGCACAUCUCUGAUUCUCACUUGAAGCUAGAAGAUGUCUGGCACCAUGGACAUUGGCGGUGGGAUAUUCUUUACACAAUAAUUCCGGAAGAAGUUAAACUUGAUUUGAUGCUCUUUGAUCCUAUCAAGCAGGCAGGAGAUAAAACAGGUUGGUUUUGGACAAACUCAAAUACUCUUACCUACUCGACUAAUAGCGGGUAUGAAUGGCUAUUGAAGAAGAAAUUUGGCUGGAAUGAUAAUGAAAAUUGGCUUUGGCUUUGGCGCUUGAGAAUUCCAGAGAAGAUAAAGUGUCUGCUCUGGCUUUGUCUCAACAACGGAGUUCCCACAGCUAGUUACCGGUUUCAAAGAGGUCUUGCUACUUCUGAUUUUUGUCAGAGAUGUUAUCUUGCUCUAGAGAAUAUUAACCACUACUUUAGGACUUGCCAAAAAGCUCGUCAGAUUUGGAUUAGCUUAAAUUUGAGAAUGACCGCUGAGGACUCUAGUUUAGAUUUUGUGUCUUGGAUUCGUUCUAAUCUCAACAAAAAUAAGUUUCUCUUUGCAGCGGCCUUUUGGUGGAUUUGGAGGGAUAGGAACAAUGACAUCUUCCAUCAAGAUGAUCCAUGGAAUAAGGAGAGAAUUGUUCACUUAGUUCAACAUGCUACUCGAGAUUUCUCUAAGAAAUCACUACUGGAAAGGAAACGGAAGAAUAUUUCGCAAAUAACAACCAGAAACGAACGAAAACAGCAACAAAGACUACCAAAGCAAAACACAACAAGAGAAAUGGCAACAAUGAAGGAGAAGGCACAUUAUAACAAAACUCAUUACUGCAGAUGCCAAACAAAGGCAAUAGUAACAGUAUACAGGAAAAUGAGUCAAGAAAAGAAAGAUAUAGUGGAAGAAAUGGGAUUUGGUGCCCUGGCAAAUGCCCCAGAAAUAAACGUCUAUAAUGCCCUGUUGAAAGAAUUGCUUGAUCGCUUUGAUGAAGAGAAAGGAUGCCUGAAAAUUCUCUAG